AUGCCCAGUUUGGAGAAGUUUGCGAAGCGGCGGAAGAAGGAGGCCAAGGAGGCUCAGCACAAGCAUCAGCCGCCCGUUUCGGUGCUCAUUCUGGUACUGGAGAGCACCAGCCGGGCCAACUUUCACCGCAGCAUGCCGCAGACGGCGGCCGCUCUGCAGGCGCUCACUGGAUCGGUCUUCUACCUGAAGGGCCUGACGAGGAUCGGCGACAACACACUGGAGAAUAUGCUGCCCUUUACCACCGGGCUUCGAGUCAGCGACCUGGGCAAGGACAAGGCCAAGGACCACAAGGUCAAGGCGAUCGACCUGAACCGGCUGCCGAUGCUGUGGGCGGCCUUCGAGGCGGCCGGCUACGCCACCGCCUUCCUCGACGACAAUCCCCCGGCGCGGUCGAUGCUCAGCUGGGGCCCGGGCAGCGGCGGCUUCGCCCGUCCGCCCACCACCUUCUUCGCGCAGCCCUUCUGGACGGUGGCCAACAAGGGCGCGGACCUGNUAGAGGAGGAGGAGGAGGCCUCGCAGCAGCAGGUGGUGCCCUUCUUCGCCCUCUCGAUGCUCAUCCGAACGCUGCACAAUGGCUGGUUCAAUGCCCAACGCGUGGACGCCGUCUACGCGGACUUUCUCCGCCGCCUCGGGCCCAGCCUCCUGGCGGAAGCGGUGCUGGUGAUGAUGGGCGACCACGGGGACCGCUACUCGCCGGAAAGUUCCCUGCUGGAGAGCGGCCAGGUGGAGGGCAAUCUGCCGCUGAUGGCGAUCCGCCUGCCGCCGAGGCUGCUCCGGCGGCGGCCGGAGUGGGGCGACGCGCUGCUCCGUAAUCGGCGCCGGCUGACGAGUAAUCUCGAUGUGCACAGGACGCUGCUGGAGAUGCUGAGGGCGGAAAUGGAGGGAGAAAAAGAAGUAACCCCUUCUACGAACAGCCGCCACUCCACCACUCCUACCACCUACUCGCUGGUCAGCGAGGAGGUGCCGCUAAAUCGAAGCUGCGAGGAGGCCGGCAUACCCGAGCUCUUCUGCGUCUGUCGG